GUUUUUCUAUCACGUCGCAGCACGAAUAGUAAGCUAAAGGGAGAGGGCAAAUAUGAACAAAUAUUAACGAUUAUAGAUGAUCGGUGGAUCGGCCGUGCAGCACACCGCGUUUAUUUCUUUGGCUCUCUCUGCAGACUCUCUUCUUGGAGCUAUUGUCCGGGAAAAUGAGAUCCAGCCUCCAUACGACCAGCUGGGUACCAUUAGCUAACGUUAGCUAAAGCCUGCUAAUUGUCACGCAAGGCCGCGGAAAAAUAAGGAGAGGUACUUCCUGUACUUGUUUGAUUAAAACAUGCAUACUGCAAUCUGACGGACAAAAUCGCGGUGGUAAACUAACUAGCUAAGUCGCGUAUACUCUGUUUUUGUUAAGUUUGUUUAGUCAAGCUAGCUGGCUGCAUAGCCAGUUAGCUGUUCUGGCUAGCUAGCUAGCAUGAGUGAAUUGACGGACUGCAAACAGUCCGCUGACUCUGCGUCGAGGAAGCGAUGCCCGUCACCCGACCAGGAGGAAAGUAGCGUGAUUCCCACCAAGUCUACCAAAGUAAGUGACGCUUCAAAUGAAACGCUUUCGACCUCAGAAAGCUGCAAAGACAGUGAAGCUGAGAGCAAAGACAAUGCUUUGGUCCAAAGCCAGGCGAAAGAAAGCGAGGUAAGCGCAGCUGUUGUGCACACUGAGCGGGGCUCUGAUAGCGCAGCCGUCGCGCCUAUCAGCAGCUCAGCCAAGGCUGGUAGUCAUGAUGCCAGCGACACUGAAAAACCACAGUCCUCAGACACACAGAGAUCUGGUGACGCAAAAGUGGAUAUCCAGAAAGAUGCUGGAGGAGAGUAUCGCCCCUCAACUAAGCUGGACCAAUCCGAUUCAGCAGCCAUAGCAGCUGCUGAGGCACUUGCCAGUCUAACAGGGGGAGAUGGGGAAGACAGUGAAGAGACUCCUUGCUCAUCUGAAAGAGCUCAACAGGAGAAACGGGGGAGUAAACUCAAACAACGUGGUGGGCACGACUCUUCAAAGGAGACUAAAACGCAGGCAGCUGCAGCAGACAGCUCCACAUCAGUGCACAGCGUUGACAGAGAAGAUGCAGAGGACAUCCCAGAUGCAGAUGAUGGAGACGAUUCCAUACCUGGAUCUUCCUCCACGCCGAGCUCAUCUUUUCCAUCUGACAAUGAGGACAACGAUGACGGGGAGUGUGCCAUAGUCUCUGUUAAGAUGGCCCCGGAGAUCCGACAGUCGGUGGCUCUUCUCGCACAGGUCCAGAUGAGGCUGGAAGCUCUGGAGAAAAAGAGCGCCCGGCUGCACCAACGACUGGAGCUGAAGAUGAAUCGUCAGCGGCGCCCACAUCUGGACCAGCGCAGCUCCAUCACACAAUCCAUUCCUGGCUUCUGGGUCACUGCACUGCUGAAUCACCCUCAUCUGUCAGCACACAUCGAUGAGACUGAUGAAGAUGCUCUCAGUUAUAUGAUCGACCUUGAGAUUGAGUCUUUCAAGAAUAACAAACUGGGCUACAGGAUCCGCUUCCACUUCAGACGGAACCCGUACUUCCAGAACAACAUCAUCAUGAAGGAGCUCCACCUUGGCAUGGGAGGGUCUCCCAUGUCCUUCUCCAACCCCAUCCUGUGGCAUCGUGGACAGAACCUGACGGCCCACAGCGAGCCCAGGAAGACGGCGCGGGGGGUCUAUCAAACCUUCUUCAGCUGGUUCAGCGACCAUAGCAACCCAGCACGAGAUGAUAUAGCUCAGAUCCUUAAAGAUGACCUGUAUAGAGACCCUCUGAGAUACUACCUCACUCCGCUCUGGGAGCCCAGGGAGAACGGCAGUAGUGCCAGCGGGGCCAGAGCAGCUGACAACAGCAACGGAGAUGAGUGUGUGGUGAUCUCAGACUCGGACGAUGACCAGGAGCCGGGGGAGGCUGGACAGGGCCACAGCCGGGAGGAGGAAGAUGAGGAUGAGGAGGAGGAAGAGAGGAUACAGAGCGCAGAUGAGAGUCCACAGGAGGAGGAGGAUGGAGAAAUUGUGAUUGACGGUUCCGACGACAGCGACCAGGAGGCGGGAGAAGGCGAAGAAGAAGACGAGUCCUUCGGGGAGAAGGACGAGGAGGUGUACGUUGACGAAGAGGAGGAGUCAUCGAGGGACCAGAAGGCCAGGGAUCAGGACGACGAAGACGAUAUUGAGGUCGAUGAAGAGGACGAGAGCAAAGAUUGAAUCCUUCCUCCCAGUGCUUGUCAUUUAUUAUGCACAGAAGCUCAGUUGUUGUUCUCGUUGUUGUUGUUGUUUUAUACCUAAAAUGCUCAACAGCAUUUUAAAUCAGGGUUAACUAUAAUAACUAAAAAGCCAAGGCAGCGUGUUUCCCCUCUAUUUUGUACAGUCCAUACCGUGUAUUCUAAUGUACUCUAAAUCACUUUUUGAUUUUUUUUUUUUCUACAACAGUUUCCUUGGCAUCUUAACACCAGGACAGUUAGUCUUCUUAAUGGACAAUAAAAAAAUGACAGCCUGCCUGUAUUUAGGUGAGAUUUUAUUUGAUUGCCAUAACUUGCUGGCAUUAAAUUUGUUUUAUUGAAAGUUCUCCAAGCAAAUAAUAAUCAAACCCUCUAUGGCAUUAUUAGUGGUUCUUUCAAGGUUAAAGGAAUACUCCCAACAUUUUGGACAGUCUACCUAACCAGACCGAGACAAGAUGUUCGAUACCAUUUUCACAUCUGUACGUCCAGUGGUUCGGUUGCCAUGGGCUACAUUUCGUGUUAGCUUAGCAUAAAGACUUGAAGUCUAUAGGAGUCGUUAGCCUAGCUAAAGGUAUUUUGCCCAAAAUGUUGGCGUAUUCCUUUUAACCUUUUCCUGUUUUUGAAUUGAUAGGUGAUAACAGUUUCUUUGUUUAAGCUAAAUUGAGACAGUGACAGUACAUUUCAGAUGCACUAAGUACUGAACCAAAUUUUAUUCUCAGGGAUGACAGUGGUGGUGGUUUUAUUUGCUAGAAACGUAUUGAUUGUGAGCCCCUCCCUCCCCUUCCCCUCCUCCAAUUAUUGUUAACUAUGUAUAAGAUAGGUGUACUCUACUGUAGUAACUAGAAACAGAUAUUGUUUGAUGUACUACUUUUAUUUGUUUCUUCUUCCAUAUCUUUGGUAUUGCUGCACACCAACCUUUACCCCCAUCAACACAGUUUGUAACAAUCUUCGAUGUUUGUUUAAAUUCAUCGGGGUAGACUAUGUUUGAAUUACCUUGACUUAUUUCUGUGGAUGCAUACAUUUUGUGACAUGCUCCUGGUAUAUGUAGCUGACAGGUUUUUUGCAAAGAUUUUAAGUGAAUAAUACAUUGAGUUUUCUUCCUGGAACGUUUUAUUUUCUUGUGUUUAGUUUGUAUUCCUGUCUUGUGUUAAUGAUUUGUGUUCAUUUCUUUUAAAACAGAUGGUAUUUAUUAUGUUUUUCUACAUUUUUUCCACAGAGCGACAUGCCUGUGCGCAUGAGCCAUUAAGCAAGAAUAAUUACAAGGCUGUGCUGUUCCGAGGAAAUAUUUUGCUGUGGCUCCAAACUCAGUAAUAUAUGAUUAAAUUCAGAGCAGCAGGUUGGGGAUGCACUGUAACAAAAGUAGAAUUUGUAUUUACUUACUUUUCUUAGCAAUUGAUGACCUGUAAAUAAUAUUUCAGCCUAGUCUUUUGGAUAAGGAAAUAGAUCUGUUUAAACCAUGAAUAAAUUUCUCAAGUAAUCUGGAAUUUUACAUAAGAAACACGAUCAGAAAGUUAUAUUUUGUGUGCUGCAUUUUAUAGAACACUGUAGUUUUUAAAAUACCUACUCGUUUGCUUUGUUUUAUUUUGGUUGCUUAGAGGUAAAAGACCCCCACCCCUUGACUCAGAAAUAAUAAAAUUGCAAGUUGUUUGA